AUGACGCCUGGUUCACGGGGCAGGAUCUGGCAGCCUCGACCCUCGGCUGCAGCACCUGCCGUUGAUGGUGAGCCCACGGAUGCCGCCGCUCCUUUGGAUCCAUGGGCUGCUUGGCAUGAAAAAGGUGGAAAAGGGAAGGGCGCCGGGGGCGCCACUUCGUCGGCCGCACAGGAGGGGGGGGAUUGGCAAGAAGAUGAAGCAGCCUGGGCGCUUGCCUGGCCGGAGGACCAUGGGGAGAGCGAUGAGCAAUGGCUCUAUCGCCAUUAUGGUGGCCCUCGUAGGCAGGCAGACGCCAGAGGCUGGGAUGAUGCUGCUUGGGAUGCGAAGACUUCUUCCAAUGGCUGGUUGUCGGACGCUCAACUUCGCCGUUUCAAUACGGCUCCCCUCGGCAGGCUCAAUGCCACCUCAGAUGGCAAGUGGCUUGGAUCCUUCCACCCCGUCGGGGAUCCCGGAGGCCGGGACUGGGAUGGCUAUCCCUAUGAGACUGAAGCCUUCAAGGAGAAGGACAUGAAACCCACGGAACGGGUGAAA